UGGAUAUUGGAUAUGUGUUUACACGUUUCGAAACUCCUUUGUAAUCUGACCGCGACAAGAACAAAGGUGGUGGUUCCUUAGUGAACUUAGUGAUGGAGUUGUUAGAUUAAAGAAUUUGGUGAAAUCCAAACAAAACGGAUACAUCAUCAUCAGAGACUAAGAGAUUAGGUCAUUACUUCUGUUACACGGAAAUUGGAGAUUUGAUUUGUGGUAACCAUAGUUGCUGUUUAAGAUAAUGGAUAAAAAGAAACUUGAUUUCUACUUCACCCUCCUCGAAUCAAGCAUUUUAUGUUAUCAGCACUCUAUAACUGGACUGAUACCGUCUUCAUCGAAAAGCUCACAUGCAUGGGUUAGAGAUAACACAUAUGCUUCACUUUCUAUCUGGGGUCUAUCUCUGGUCUAUAGGAAAUUACCAGAUGUUGAUGAAGAUCGUUGUCGGAGUUAUGAGUUGGAAAAGUGUGUAGUGAAGCUGAUGCGUGGCAUACUCAUCUGCUAUAUGAAACAGUCUGAUAAAGUAGAACUAUUGAAGAAGACUCAAAAUCCUAUCCAUUCAUUACAUGCAAAGUUUGACAGUACUUCAUAUAAAACUGUUGUUGGUGAUCUUGAAUGGGGUCAUUUGCAAAUUGAUGCAAUAUCUGUCUUUCUUCUUAUUCUUGCUCAAAUGACAGCUGCUGGUUUGCGCAUUAUCUGGACUCUUGAAGAAGUAGCUUUUGUUCAGAAUCUGGUUUUCUGUAUUGAACACGCUUAUCGCAUUCCUGAUUACGGGAUAUGGGAGCGUGGAGAUAAAACCAAUCAUGGGCUUCCAGAACUUAACACGACAUCUGUUGGAAUGGCUAAGGCAGCUUUGGAGGCUCUUACAGACUUAGAUUUGUUUGGUGCUGAUGGAAGUUAUCUAUCAACAAUUCGUGUUUCUCUCGACGAAUGUGAACAGUGUAAUAUAGCUGUUAAAAGUAUGCUUCCUCGUGAGUCCAACUCCAAAGAGACCGAUGCUGGCUUGUUAAGUAUACUGACAUAUCCUGGAUUUGCUGUCACGGACGAUGAAUUAAUUGAAAGAACACGUAGCGCAAUCAUUCGAAAGCUUUUGGGGAGAUAUGGUUGUCGACGUUUUUUACGUGAUGGAUUUCGUACUGCUAGAGAAGAUGUGAACCGUCUGUAUUACGAGCCUUGGGAGCUACGUAUGUUUGAUGGUAUUGAAUGUGAAUGGCCAAUGUUUUUUGCAUGGCUCGUGAUUGAUGCAAGUUUCCGCGAAGAUUUUGACGAUGCAGAUCGAUAUAUGCAAAUGCUUCAAGAAGUCGUUAUCCCAGAGUCGUCUCAUUCGUUUACACCUUCAAACAGUAGUAGAAGUGCAAGUCGUAGACCAAGUGAAAUAACAACACAGGUUCUUAGCAGAACAUGUUGUUAUGUACCAGAAUCCUAUUCAUUACCUAUAGACGCGAUCGAUGCAGAAAUCGCUCAUCCACAUACACAAACACGUGUACCAGUCGGUGCAUUACCACAUAUAUGGGGUCAAUCAUUAUAUAUAUUGGCAAGUAUUAUUUAUGAAGGUCUUCUAUUGCCUGGAGAAAUAGACCCCCUUGGAAGACGUAUGGUUACUGAACCGAAACCAGACCUAUCAGUGCAAGUUGUACUUGUAGCUGAAGAUAACGAGAUUAAACAACAGUUAAUGGAAUAUCAAGUUGAAGUACAAACAUUUGAAGAGAUUUAUAAUGAAGCUGGAAUAAACGUUUAUCCAGCUAAAAUUCUCGGUCAACUUUAUCGACAUCUAGGUGCUUGUGAAAAACUUUCUCUAAGUGGUCGUUCAACUGGUGAAAUAGGAAUAUUUUCAACAAGUCAAUUCUAUCGAUUAGGUGAUGAAACAUUAGCUUUUCUUCCUCAGUUCUUUGAUCAUCAUGCAUUUUAUUUAAAUUUGGAUAUAGAAUUUCUGUUGGAUUGUUUUCGAACAUGUAUAGGUUAUUUAAAACAUGCAUGGACUAGUCCUGGACGCCCAUUACUUUUAUUCCCAAUAUAUCGCCGAUAUUUUCGUUCAGAUGUUAUUCCAACACCAUUAUCUUCAGCAAUUAAAAAAAUGGCUUCAGGCUAUAUGAAUGCAACACGUGUCAUACUUGGUACUCUUAGAGAUUUUGAAGAAACAUCUUGUUUAAGGCAAAUAGAUUUCAGUGAAUCUGCUCAAGCUAUACUUCAACGUGCAAAAUCAAUCACUAGCUGUACUUCACAACGUCGAAUGACUUUGAAUGUACGUACUGACAGUCUGACUGUAGAUGAAAAUCACUUCACAGUUAGUUCUGGUGAUUCUAUACUUACUGGUGGUGGUAUAUCACCAGUUGUCCCUGAAUUAGACAGUUUUGAAAGACAUACUAUGCGACGAAAAUCUAUGGCUUUAGCUCAUGCUGUUUCAUUGGAUUUGUUUAAUCGUAAUACAGUCGAAUGGACAAGCGACAAUCAAGGGGAGAAUAAUACCAAUAGUAGUUGGCAAGUUGAAAUGGAUGAUCCGCUAGAUGGCCAAACAGAUGAUGAUCUUACAAAUUAUCGUCUACUCCAAACACAAAAUGAAGAUUUAACAUCCAAAGCGUCACGUUUAGCAUUAAAACGCAUUAUCAAUCCGGAAAGUAACACUUCAUCUACAGUAACAUGUCAACAUGAACAAUCUUCUACUUCUCGAUCUCAUGAACAUCAAAAAUUCGAUCCAAAUAUUACUUAUCAAACAACAGAUUCAAAUACUUGUGGAGGUCAACAAUCGCAACGUUCCCCAUCCCAUUUAGUCAGUUCAGACCAAAUCAAUCCUACGAACAGUCCAAAUUAUUCUGGUACACAUAGUCGUCGUACAUCUGAAGGAAGAUCGAGUACAUGUGGGCUGGAUUCCACAGAUUGGUUAAAUUCCUUAUCACCGGAUCAAUUAGUUAAACGAUUAAGAUGUACUGAUAAUUUAGCUGAACAAGUUGAAAUACUUGGAAGAUUACAUCAAUUAUGUGGUUUAGACUGGAAUACUGGAAUAGACCCAACACAACCAGCUACUGUUCGGUCAUUACUAAAAGAGGUCUAUGAACGAGCUACGCAAACAACAUCAUGGUUCCUACUACGUUACACAGCUGGUCUGUUAGGUAAACGUGCUGAUAGUUUGGCUAAAUCGUUAGCUGAUAUAUUAGUCUUACAAAAGCAAGUAACUGUUGGUUUACCACCAGAACCACGUGAAAAAGUUAUUGAUGCACCGCUAUCACCGGAUCAGUUAUGCGAUUUGAUACAAGAAGCGUGUGGUGAAGACAGUUUAAUGACAAUACUUACGCAAGAAAUUCUUAUUUAUUUAUCAAUGUUUGCACGUACACAACCUCAAAAACUGGAAAAUAUUUUACGCUUACGUAUUGGGCUAAUAAUCCAAAUGAUGGCUGCUGAAUUAGCUCGUGGUUUGGGUUUAACUGUUGAGGAUUCAUUGUAUGCUUUAUUCUCAAUGCGUCCAAUCGAUACGAAACGUUUACUACAUAAUCUACUCAAUGGCGAAGAUAUGCGUAUUGUUAAGACAAACCAAACUUUCCAUCGUAAAUCUACAGGGCAACCAAUUAAACUUAUAAAUACAACUCUUACAAAUCAAGAUAACUUACAGGUUACGUUAGAUACUAUUUCUGGUUCUGUAAAGAAAAGAUCCACUGCAAGUCGUCCAUUGAUUGCAUCACGUAAACAGUCUAUAGUCGCUAGUGUUACAACUGAGGCAGAAAAUGAAAAUUGUCAAACUGAUUUACGAAGCCUUUGGAGUCGUCGACGUAAAAUUGAUGGUGCAUUGAAUCGUGUCCCACCUGGAUUCUAUAAACGAGUGUAUGUCACAUUAACUCAUAUGCAAGGUUUAAGCAUUGGCAGUCUAAUACUUAGUCAUAAUUUGACAAAAGAAAUGACAAUGGAUGAACAUAAAUUUGCUUUAACUGUUGAACAUGUAUGCACAAUGGUUAGUACACCAGAAUAUCGUCAAUUAAUUAUUGAAGCAAUUCACGUACUUGGUUCAUUGAUGAUGCAUGAUGUUGACAAUCGAAUAUUUAUUGAUUGUAUCGUUAAAGUUGAAGAUAUUGUGGAGAAAGCAAAUAAUUUAUUUUUAAUUGAUCAAAUAAAGUAUGGCGGAAACGCCACAGUGUGUUGUGCAAAACCAAUGAAGCAAUCUGGAGUCACUGACUCAAUACCUAGUAAUAAUAACCAAGCACGUAGACAAAGCACUUUAACGUGCAACGGAUUACAUAAUAUUUGUCAGCGCUUCUAUGACACACCACCUGCCGGAAAAUUCGGUACAAUGUCCUAUAUGGUACGUGCCGUAUCUGAAUUACUUACGUGUAAUAAAUGUUUAAACCCAGAUAAGCCUUUACCAAUCAAUUGCAAUGUUCAAUAAUAUUCUUAUUUGUUUUGCAAUCGCAUACUCAUGCGUCCUUCUUUCUUGUUUUACUCCUCAUAUUACGUAAAUACACAUAAAUCAUGUCCCUACUGAGUUUCUUAUCCUUCAUUUCACUCUGUCUUAUGCACACUUUUGUACACUACACACUGGUGUAUUCACCUAUUGACAUUGGUAGUAAACGGCUUUUCCUAGUCAAUAAUUUCUGCCCUUUAUACAAUCAAGUAUAGACUCUUCUCAUUUUACAUUUCUCAAUCAUGUUUCAUCUAGUGGAUUGGAGAAUUCAUAAUGACACUACUGCUUGUUUAAUUUUUAAUGAUAUCCUACUAUUUUGUAAUAUCCUCUCACCUGUAGAUACUGUUACUUAUUUUAUACAAUCAAUCUUCUCUUGAUUUUAUUGAUUGUUGAAUUUAAUUAGUAUCGAAAUACUUUUAUUAUGAUAGGAUUACGUGUAAUAAUCUAAUUCACUUUGCAAAAGAUACUCAAUUCUUAUUUUCUGAUGUCUCUGCCAUCUUGAAUUCCCCAACCAUCUUUUCUUUAAAUCAUAAUUUCAAUUUAGUUUGAUAGUUUAUAGUGUGUCAUGGUAUUUCUUCGACAUUUGGCCCUUUUCUGAUUUGUUUAAUCUAGUCCAAUUGUACCUCAAAUUAUUUUAAAGAAGUUGAUAUGCAGAAAAAUACAUUACAGUACGAUUCUUCAUGUGUAUGUACUUUCUUAGAAUGAUUGCAUGUAUUAACUUAUAAAAGUAAAUGAAUGAUGAUUUAUUCCUUUACUUGUAUAACUAAAAGGAGUACGUGAAUUGGGGAUUUCUGACUGUAAUAAAAGCGACUUUUAUUCACAGGAAAUAUGUAUCAGCCUAACAACCGUUUAAAAAUGAAUUCACACUAAACAACUGCUUUAGGAGUAACAUCAAUAUUCGAUACUUGAAGGAAAUCAGUACAAGAGGUCCUGUAAUGUGGUUUCACGUUGCUUAAAACUCAACGUGUCUAAAAUUCUGACACUUCGCUAAAGACAUAAUCCAACAACACCUACUGUCAGUCAGGAGGGCGGCUAAAUUAAGGUAGCAUAAUGGCACGCAGCACUUAUACCAUCCUAGAUUUAAUUCUGAAACCUAAGAAGCUUGCGGAAUUCUAGUGAGGUGUCCAUGAUCAUAAUUACUUGAGAAAGUUAGCUUGUAAGCUUCAACUAGUUUGGAAAUUACGAACAAAGUUGUGCAAAUCACGACAGAGAUAGAACAACUGAGCUAUAUAUAAGAAAGCAAACUUUUAUCAU